UCAGUUUGGCUGAGCUAGCACAUAAGGUACCUUCAACCUCAUUAGCGCUGGCACCGUUAGCUAGCAAGCUACAUGCGUUCACUGUCUACUCUGUGAACCACAGACAUAUGUUUAUACCGUGAACAGGCAGUCUGAACUAGUCAGCACUGUUAACAGCGUUAAUGUUUACAGGUUAGUCGGUUCAACAUGGACGAGCGGGACACCGCAGCGAUCCUUUCUGGAGAUGUCCUCGGUGACACAUCAGCGGACGACCAACAACAGCCCGAUUUACACAAAGAGGAGGCUGAUGCACCGCCCGACGGUUCCUUACGACCACCCGGUGCAUGCCAACUGCCGGUGUCCGUGGAGCCGGUUUUAUUCCUCUCCAUGUUUUCCCUCGCCCUGCAGGCGCCUCUGUCCACCCAGUACUUAUGGGACCGCAUAAGCGAAGACCUGGGCUACAACGGCUCCAAGAGGUCGGAGUGCAGCAACAGCUCAGCGCCCCCCGACCCUCUCCAGAAGGAGGUGGAAACCUUGACAGCACACUGGAACCUGUACAUCAGUCUGGGGGGCUUUUCUGUUGGGCUGUUGGUGGUGCCUCUCCUGGGCUCGUGGAGUGACCUUGCGGGUCGCAGACGAGUCCUCAUCCUCCCUAACCUUGGCCUGGCCCUGCAGGCGAUAGUGUACCUUGUGGUGAUGUAUCUCAAGCUGCCCGUGGUCUACUUUCUAGUGGGCAGGCUGCUUAGCGGUCUGUCAGGUGAUUUUAAUGCCAUCCUUGCAGGCUGCUUUGCCUAUGUGGCAGACAUCAGUGACAGGCGGUCUCGCACCUUCAGGGUGGCAAUCUUAGAGGCUUGUCUGGGCGUCUCAGGGAUGCUGGCCAGCAUCAUUGGAGGAGAGUGGCGACGGGCACAAGGUUAUAUCAACCCAUUCUGGCUUGUCCUGGCCACCAACUUGGUCUCAGCUCUGUAUGCCUACCUCUUUGUCCGUGAGUCUGUCCUGCCAGAUCCGAGUGCUAAGCUCCUCACUACUCGCCACCAUAAAGCUGUCUGGCACCUCUACUUAACAGGAGGCAGCAGCAGUGAGGCUGGUGGAAAAUUUCACAAAUGCAAGCUGUGGCUUUACACACUGUGCUUCUUUCUGGUGGUGACUGUUCACUUCGGCACCAGAGAGCUAUAUGUGUUGUACGAGCUGAGCUCGCCUCUGUGCUGGGGGUCAGCCCUCAUUGGCUACGGAUCAGCGGCUCAGCACCUGGCAUAUCUGAGCAGUCUGGUGGGGCUAAAGAUCAUGCAACACUGUCUGGAGGACUCCUGGGUGGCUCUUGUCGGUCUGGCCUCCAACAUUGUUGGUCUGGUGGUCUUUUCUGUAGCUGACAGCACUCAGCUUAUGUUUAUAGGUUAUGGUCUCUGUUUCCUCUUCAUGACUCCAACACCUGUGCUCAGGUCCAAGCUGUCCAAGUUGGUGGACCCAUCAGAGCAAGGUGCCCUUUUUGCUUCUGUUGCCUGUGUGGAGAGCUUGUGUUUUCUGGUGGGCAGUGGCGUCUUUAACUCCCUCUACCCUGCGACCCUCCACUUCAUGAAGGGCUUCCCUUUCCUCUUUGCUGCCAUCAUCCUCUUCAUCCCAGCUGGAAUCAUAGGGACUCUGCAGUGUUUGGACCAAAGGAGAGACCAGAGAGACUCCACAGUGUCCUGACCUGCAGAGAGACAGAGGGCAGGAGCCCAUCAGAGAGUUGAGGUUCAUCCUGGUGUCAGUCUGCGAGAGCCAUCUGGGCGGUCGACUUGGUCUUGGGGUUCUUUCAGAAAGCGCAGGAUCUUCUCAAUCGUAGCCUCCUGAUAUUCGUGGGACCACCUGUUUGAAGAGACGAUGGCAGGCAUUAGAUAAUGUCCAUUCAGGGAAAACAGUUCUCUCUAACUGGCAUUUUACAGAUUUGCACCAACAAUAAAGUGAAUGAAAUAUUAAUGAGAGAAACUUGAGAGCUUGAUAGAUAAUAAAAAAUGUAGUGCAAAUGGGACAAAUAGCUGUGGUUUAAACCUGUUGGGAAAACAAUUUUCCCUCACGUACUGUACAACACGGACACGUACUGUCCAGUCAUAAUGCAGUAUACAGUGACUCACUUUAUGCCAUUGAAGUUGAGAAUGGCUCUCAUGUCUUCUGGCAGCGACAUGGGGUCAGGCCACGUAAAGUUAUCUGUGACAGGAACUAUAUUCUUCUUACCAGCCAGGGCCGUGACUAUUUCCUGCAAGAUUAAACAUAUUACCUUUAGGCCUGUGAGUGACAAAAAUUAAUCUAAAAAAGCACUAAAGACUCGACCUACACCAUAUUGCCAAGUGUUCACUCAUCUGCCUUCACACACAUAUGAACUUGAGUAACAUCCCGUUCUUUAAUAUGAUGUCAGUCCACCCUUUGCAAUUAUAAAUGCUUCAACCCUUCCAGGAAGAUUUAACCAAACUCGCUCAUCUAUGAGUUGCUGUUGUUCCCAGUUGCUUCCACUUUGUUAUAAUACCACUGACAGCUGACUGGAAUAUUUAGUACUAGGGAAAUGUCAUAACUGGACUUGUUGCACAGGUGGUAUCCUGUCACAGUAACACUGGAAUUCACCAAGCUGUUGAUGUUGGUG